AUGUCGCUCCCCACCCUCGACGGCGAGUAUGAUAAGAACUGGAUCGGCUCAUGUACCCUCUUUUCGGGGCCAUCGGACGAGUCGUGGGAGCAGCGGCAGCGUGAUCGGCAUGCGGUCACAGGCCGCGUCGUCACCCUGACAAAGCUUAAUGUGCUAGUCUUGGACCCUGAGUGCCCAGACUCCAGCGGCUUGGGUCCUGCGUGGCCAGUGGCUUUGCCGGCGAUGAUCGCUGACGACAACCCUCCCACUUUUCUGGCCCUUCUCUGCUCAAUGUGA